CUCCAUUCUCUGCCACUUAGUCCCCUCCCCCUCCACUCGUUAUUGUAGAAUGUCUGUGUGUUUUUGUUUUUCUCUGGGCCACAAUGCACGGCAGUCAUGAUCUCCCCGAAGUACCUCGGUCGGAACCCGUCUUCCCUCCUCCCUCUUUGCAUCAAGAGCUUCCCUCCUCGCCGCCCUCGAUAGCAUCCGAUGUGGGCUUCCGGCGCAAGCUCAAGAAACCUCCCCCCGUGACUCCGCGAUCGUUCCGGAAGUUCUUCACGCCUCGUUCGAUGCUGAGUGGUGGGAGCAAUGCGAGCUCUGUUCGAACCAAUCGCCAGGCCUUGAAAGCCCUCAGCUCCCCGGCCGUCAAUCGCCUCGGGCCCGCCUUUACAAGGACGUCCAAACCUGCAGAGCACAGACCCGAACCAUCCGAUCUGACACGAACCCCGACUCGGAAACGGAAGUUCUCCUUCUCGUCCAUUGCCUCUCCUCUGCAGUCUUCGCCUUUGAGAAAGGUUCGCGUCCGAGAUGCUAUCCAAGACGAUGAAGAGGUGGACGUGCCCGUGCGCGAUAUUGAAGUCAACCCCGAGUCCCACGAGGAUGAUCCGAAAUCGAGCCCUGCCCCAGAACCCCCUCGCCAAGUUUUCCCGGUCCGUCGUUCGCAAGCCCUACAAACAUCCGGAGCACUGUACAUGCGAAGUACCAUGGGGACGCGGGCGAAUCGGGUGACAAUGCGAGCGAAUUCUGGAGCUGGGUGGCAAGAUCUGACCUCGAACUUCUACUCCCGAGCAAGCGACAGUCAUACCUGUACUAGCUCUGCUGGUGGUCGCUAUGUUCUUCCCUUCUGCACUGCGGCAUGCAACACCAAUAGCCUUGUUGCAGUCGGUGACGAGGAGGGGGGCAUUCGAUUGUUGGACUCCGCCAAAGACGACAAGACCGGCUUUUCCCAGGCAUAUCUCACAUUCCGUCCGCACACGAACUCGAUAAUGGACUUGGAGUUUUCGUCCGAUGAUAUGCUACUUGCGACGGCUUCCGGAGACCAGACCGCUCUGGUUAUCGAUAUGGCCACCCAAACGCCGGUGUAUUGUCUAUCCAACCACGUCUCGUCCGUCAAGCGGGUCCAGUUCCAGCCAGCAGCCAACAACAAAGUGCUUGCGACGUGUAGUCGAGACGGCAAUGUCAAUAUAUGGGAUCUCCGUUGCAAAGGGUUUGACAGGCCCUGCGCUCAACUACAGUGCUCGCUUGAAUCCGAAGCCGAACCUUCCGCUGGUUACAUUACCUCCAAAACAACCUUUCCGCAGGUGUUGAAUACUAUCCAUGGCGCGCAUGCCUGGACAUCCCAAACACCCACUUCCGCAGAGAAGGCAGAACCUCAGAUCCGCCGCUCGGACAUUACUGUGACGUCCCUGGCUUUCCUUCCGCCAGGGAGAGAAAAUCUGUUUGUGACAGCUUCUGAGGCCAAUGCAAGCGUGAGACUGUGGGAUCUGCGUACAGCACACAACAAUCGCCGUGGCCGGCCAGUUCUUCCUCUGUCCACUACUCGAGAGCCUGAUAGCCAUGUUAAGUACAGGCAAUUUGGUCUCACAUCAAUGACCUUCGGUGGAGAUGGCUCAAGACUGUACACAUUGUGCCGAGAUGGCACUGUGUACGCCUACUCCACCUCACAUCUGGUCUUGGGAAGUGCACCAGAGCUUUCCCUGAACAACGACCGGCCACGACGUUUAGGCGGCUCCGACAAGGAAGGACUCGGCCCUCUCUAUGGAUUCCGCCACCCACGGUUCCAGGUGGCCUCCUUCUACGUUAAAGUCGGCGUCCGCAAAGCCACCAACGACAAACCGGAGAUGCUAGCCGUUGGAAGCAGCGAUCGUUGCGCCGUUAUAUUCCCGACAGAUGAACGAUUCCUCUCCCAAUCUCCCCCGACGCCAGCCACCGAAGACGACCUACUUCCUCGCACGCCUUUCUCAUCCACUCGCUCCGGCCUUCGUCGCACCAACUCCGGGGUCGGUCUAUCCGGCCGAUUGGAAGACACAGUCCCCAUCUACCAAUCUGGCACGCCCCUAGACGAAGGCCACGUACGAGAAGUCUCCGCCGUCUCCUGGACUCCCGAUGGCGAGCUCAUCACCGUCAGCGACGACUACAGCGCUAGAUGCUGGCGCGAAGGGCCCGAAGCCAGAGAAAUCCGAACCAGUGGAAAGACCGAGGGCCGAGGCUGGCGCUGUGGCUGGGCGGAAACGAAAGACUCCUUUGAUGACGAUGAUGAAUAAUCCUUCAGACCCUGCGGAUUCCUUUUCCUUUUUUUUUUUCCCCCUUUUGCAUGCAUUAUAUGGCGCCGAGGCAUCUGUUCGAUUUAGCGGGGGGCUUUGCUUUUUUUUCCCGUUUUAUGUGUUCGUGUUUGUGUUUUUGAUUCGGGGUUUUUGAGAGGGUACUACCAUCACCGUGUUUUGUUUCAUAGCGUCGGGUUACUUAUUGCAUACAUACACUGUGACUGUGGCAGGAG